GCGUAGAUAUAAAGAAUUAGACGACUAGUAGAGGUUACAAAGGACGGUGCGAACUUGACUGUAGACGAUUUGGUGCGAGAGUAUUGUGCGCAUGUUGAAUACAAUAUUUGUGGCGCGAAUGUGACGUGAGCAUGACACGACAAUGUACCAAUGACGUAGACCGCGGCAGUAACGUGAGUUGGGGGUUAGUAAUGGUAGGAGACGGAGGUAUUCUUUGAUAUUGUGCAAAUAAGUGUGUAUUAAUAAAGUUAGUGUUCUUUUCAUAAACGAAGUGGUUGACGUUUGUUAAUUAGUGUCUGCGGAACAUAAGAGUGAUUCCCGUCCUACUCACAAGUAUAAUAGUUGUCGUAUGAAUAGUAGCAGAUCAGAAUAUAGAGAAGAUAUAAUUAUAUAAUAUAUAUGAAACCCCCCAUCACAUAUUGGUGGAGCACAAGUGGUCCUUAAUUCCGCAAGUGGUGUUUUAAAAAGGAUUCGAAGUUGUGAAGUUUGAAGCGGAUUCGUGUUGACCAGAGGUGCUACUAGAUCAUCGCAGGGAAGCAAGAUAAGUACCUUCCUCUGAUUUUUUUUAAGUAACCGGGAUUGUUUGGAUCCUGUGCUGGUUAUUCAGCAGUUUUUCUUCUUCGUGUUUGUUUUAUGUCUUUAUAGAUCUAGUCUUGUUAUUCUUAAAUUGGCUGAGGCUUCCUAACGAUAGGACACACUGAGUGUAGGCCUGCUAUUUAAGAGGUACACAUUUAUAGUUAGCUGUAUCACGUAAUGUUCGCAUUAUCGUGUCUAUAGUGCUGCUCCCAGCAUUUUUUUUUCUCUUUAUAACCUGUCACGUGUUACGUACUGUGGUAGGCUUGGAGUAAGCUACAUCUAUCUUACUCUCGCCCAUUUAUGUGUAUCGUCCUGUUCAGUUAAUGUUAUUUUGUUACUCUUUUUUUUCUCCCACACAUCACCUUUAUUACACCACACUAAGACAUGCCUCCAUUUAACGAACUUCUAACUAGAACUAAGCCCGAGUUAGGCUUAGAGUAUACCAUUGGUGAACCAUCGCUGAAGAAGAACAAAUAUGGAAAGCAAGACAAAGUUGUCGAUGAAGAUAAAUUAUUUGAGUUAGUCCAGUUAAGACUUUUAGAGGAUGCAGAACAGGAAAGACAAUGUCAAGUGGCGUUAGCUCACUAUAGAGUUCAGCUAGAGGCCAAACGAGAAGAAGAAUCCGUUGAAGCUAAAGCUAAAUUAGAUGAGAAAUCAGAAGACUACAAAAAACGUGAAGCAGAAGUUGAAUUUAUGUUUGCCAAGGCUCGGCAAGAAAGAGAAAGAGAAUCCGAACUUCGUAGAGCCGAGAUGGAAAAACAAUUUGAACUUUAUAAAGCCGAGAUUGAAAAACAAACUGAACUUGAACUAAGCGAAAUGAGACUACAAGUAGAAAUAAGGCGAAAAGAAGUAGAAGAAGAACUACGUCAAUAUAAAUUAAAGUUAGAGAAUCGAUCACAGCAACCUAAACAUGAGUCAACGCUACAACAAAAAGCAGAGCUACCUAGAUCUACUUAUGAAUAUUACUACGAUUCAGAUGACUCAUACAGUGAAACAGAGAGCAAGCCUACUACAAAAAUUAAUACGCCACACUCAGUUCAAGAAGAUACCACAACAGCCCACAACAUACAGAUGAACUAUUGUCGACAAAAGAACUAUCACAAUAUCAGAUGUUAUUACUGCAAUAGAUCAGGUCACAAAAAGGUUAAUUGUAAGAAACUAUAUAAUGAUAGACUCCAGCGGAAUAUACAGCAGAAUAGACGUCAAUACAAGAGACCAAUUUAUAGAUCAGCAUACAUUACAUCUUUUAGUGAAGCCAGCAACAGGAAAGAAACAUUUACAGCCAAGAUUAACAACAGAUUCGCGCGGGCCAUAAGGGACACACGAUGCUCAACAAUAGCUGUUAGAAGCUACUUUGUUAGACGACAUCAAUACACAGGCAGAACACAACAUGUUCAGAGUUCACGAGGCAUAACAUAUGUUUGGCCAACAGCUAUAAUCCAGAUUAGCACGCCAUCAGCAACAAGAACAGUAGAAGCUGUUGUGUUUAGAUAUGGUCCACACGAUCUGAUCCUAGGCAACAUCAGAGGUGUCAAACGAUUUCAAGUUGAGAAUGACAUGAACCAUACAACACAAGUAAGAAGCGAGCAGGCCGACACACAAAGUUCUAUCGAACCGGUAAACAGAACGAUGUACGAUCUACAGAAAAGGAGUGAUAAUUUGGUGGUAGACAUGAACACAGUUACUGAAGAGUUGUCUAAAAAAAUCACAGAAAUCGGCUCAGUUGUUCUCAGUUUGAGGAAACAGAAUGAUCAACUUAAUGACAGAUUGCUCAGAUUAGAGAAAAAAGUCAACAAUGAAAAUGAAGAAUAUGUCCUAAAUAAUUCAAUUGGUGAGAGAGCUUACUACUAUUCCUGGUCAGCACUUAAUCAGAUAAUGUCAAAAGUACAAGAAACUACAGAGCCUAAAGAAAUGACCUGCACACGAGUACAAGACAGACGACGGACCUGUUCAACCCUAACCUUAACCUAGCGCCCCAUGUGCUUUACCCCAUGACGGAUAGAACUUGGACCACGCACACCCCCUUACGAACGGUUUUGAACAGCGACUACACAAGGAUUAAUAAGUAAAGUAAAUUCAAGUUAUCGAACAGCUAAAUGUAUGGUAUGAAUCUAAGUCGUCGUAAAUAUCGACGUGAGGCAAUUUUUCAAUUCUGAUGGUGCAGAAGGAAGUCGUUGUCAUAACAUGGUAUAAUGAGAGCUGCUCCAUUAUAGCCAUAAGGUGAAGAAUAUGUUAGUUGCUAUUGGAGGAUGAAUAAUUAUGGCUAUGUACAGUCUACAGUCACAGGCAGAGAGCUGCUCCUGCACUACAGAUAUGUGACACGCAAUACAACACACAUGUCUUUUCUUUAAUCUGACGUCAUCUUCGUGAAUGCUACGCACUGAUGCCCAGCUUAAAUGAAUGCAGCGGUCAAACGACCAGUACAUCAUGAACGUGAACAUAUGAAACACAUCGUCAAGGACACGUCCGCAGGAUCACGUCAAGUAACACAUCUAGAGGAACCAAAUCAAUGUGAGAUGGGUCAUCCUAACCAGAUUACUGAAGCCUUACGCAUGGUCGCGGUCAAUUUCCGACCAAGUCGUAACGGCAAGAAGGGUCACCAUAACCAACUAACAAAAGCCUUACGCACGGUCGCGGUCAAUUUUCGAUCAAGUCGUAACGGCAACUUCAGCUUAUAAAUAUUUGUUUUUCGGUCACAGUGUUGCCAAGUUUUGUGUUUAUAAAGCUCAAGGGAACAUUUAGACGUCAAGUAUAACAGGGAAAACUGUCUACACAGAUGAUAACAUUUGUGGAACUGUCUUUACCGAAGAUAAAGAUUCAUUGAGUGACGUACAUUUUGUUAAUUUGUCUACACAGAUGAUAAACGUUUGUGGAACUGUCUCUACCGAAGAUAUAGAUUCAUUGAGUGACGUAUAUAUUUUGUAAAUUUGUCAAUACAGAUGAUAAAGUUCUCUACUGGCAGUUCAAGAUGCGGCAUGACAUUGUUGUCGUUUGUUUUUUUGAAAAUGUGAAUGCUGGAAUUGUUGCUAUUGAAAUGUUAAUGUAAUUCAGUCAUUGAUGACGCUAUGACUAUGUAUUUAUACGAUGAUUGACUAAGAAGACAGAAAAAAAAAAACUAAUAGUAUUAGUUUUUUUAAUUGUAGGGGGGGAGGAGAUGUCAUAGCGUAGAUAUAAAGAAUUAGACGACUAGUAGAGGUUACAAAGGACGGUGCGAACUUGACUGUAGACGAUUUGGUGCGAGAGUAUUGUGCGCAUGUUGAAUACAAUAUUUGUGGCGCGAAUGUGACGUGAGCAUGACACGACAAUGUACCAAUGACGUAGACCGCGGCAGUAACGUGAGUUGGGGGUUAGUAAUGGUAGGAGACGGAGGUAUUCUUUGAUAUUGUGCAAAUAAGUGUGUAUUAAUAAAGUUAGUGUUCUUUUCAUAAACGAAGUGGUUGACGUUUGUUAAUUAGUGUCUGCGGAACAUAAGAGUGAUUCCCGUCCUACUCACAAGUAUAAUAGUUGUCGUAUGAAUAGUAGCAGAUCAGAAUAUAGAGAAGAUAUAAUUAUAUAAUAUAUA